AUGGCAACCGAAACAGUACGCCCUAUCUUGCAGCGGGGCAGACUGAACAGGAGUCGAAAUUACGGCCGGUACGAUUUUGAACGUUUCGAUAAUCUCUCCUCCACACACGCCAGCAUUGGCCACAGCACUUUCGACAAAGUGAAUGUAAACUGCCGAUUUCUCUUCAAAAAGUCUCGUUGGGGCGUGCUUGGGGAGCAGAAAAAUCCAGCAGGGAUAAUCUUUCUUGACUUGUCUUUCGAUCAGCCCAAAGAUUCUCAAUUACACUCUGCAAUGGUCAUAAUCACUCUGGACGACGAGGAUGAAGAUCUACUUGAUGUUAGCCGCAACUACAACGUACUGAACAAGCGGCCACAAUGUCCAGUUCAGAUGACCGACUGCUAUGGACCAAAGGGAUUCUCCGGUGAAGCAAAAACUAUCCACACCAAAAAGUCGUUGCAUCUUACUCCAAAUGCACAAUUCGCGGGAAGCGGGUUCGGUGGCCUAGGUGUUGAUCAUGUAUCUUCUUUCACGUCGUCGAGUCGCUGGAGAUUCUCAGGCACGCUCCUUCCUGGGAAAGAUAGACACUGGGCAUAUAAGGCCCUGAAAUGGGAUCUUUCAGAGAACGACUUGGAAACUCAGGCGACCCACAGCAACGUAAUACACACCGCCUUCACUUUCGAGCACAGUGGUCAGCCGUUCUUCAUGAAAGUUGAUGAAACUCCUUCCCAUGUCAAGAAAGACGAUGGAGCUAUUGUGACUAUGGUCACUUUCGGAGAUAAAAUCUCAUUCAAAACUCCAUUGGAUGAGCGAGCUCAACAACUUCAGUUUGAGAUGGAACUGGCAAAUAUGCAUGCUAUUCCUAUGGAAGUACCAGACCCUAAGCCGGCGACGUUUUUCAACUUCCUGCAGAAUUCUGGAAAGGCGAAUAUUCCAAUUGUUCAGCGUCCCCUACAGUCAUCUACUGGGCCUCAAAGUUCGUUGUCUAGUAGCGUACAAGAUCAGUUGCCGAGUUCGAUACAGCCACAAUUAUUGCAGGGUUCGGAAAACAUCUCCUCAGUAGAAGACACCACGAAUGCUACAAUUGCCAACCUAGCACAAGCUUUUGAGGACCUGCAGAGAGUCGACCAAGGUACUUUCCAACAAGUUCGAAGCCCACUGUCAAGUUCAAAAAUAGUUGUCACGGAAGGAACGAGAUUUCUGCCAGCAAAUACUGAUAUAUCGAAUACGAACGAUCAGCAGCAAGAAGAUUCAGAGCAACAAAUGAUCCUCUGCCUUUUGAGAAUGCCCGCAAUUCUGACACUUCUACGGCUCAUUACAGCUUUGCUAGGACUAUUCAACCAGAAGAGGUCAUCCAGAACCGAGGAUGAAGGAGAUACGCCGUGUUUAACAACGCCCACACGUAAAAGCCUCGAGCUCGCCAACCAGGUUGAGACAGGGUGGCCCUCGCCAUCUUUAGAGAAAUCCGCAGGAGCCAAGCAUGACUUCCUACAGGCCGAGACUAGUGGAUGGAUACACGAGCCUUCAAGCGCGGAAACAGCUGAAAUGCUACGCUCGACGCCUGUUCAGCCGUAUCGUAAAGACAAAUCUAAGAUGACAGUCAUAGAGCAGACACAGGACUGGAGAUCUGGUACACGACAUCUUCGACUCGAACGUUAUGAUCUUGAACGCGAGAGGGAUAAAAUGGAACGGAGUCAAUUGCUAGACAUGGAAAGAGAUAUCAAGAGACGGCGUGACCUAACUGAGAAGAUCACAGCUUUUGAUGCUGAGCGCCAACAAGAAGAGUAUAUUCAACGAGAAGAAUACCGUCGUCUGGUAGCGAUAGAAGAUCAGGAGCGGCGAGAAGCAAGGAUGAGAGAAAGGAUAAGAGCGCAAGAAGACGCAGUUCGCCAACGCCGUGCUGUACCAACUCCUCACGAUCCAGAACAACGAGCAGAAGAUUCAGGCUAUGGUCUCGGUUGGUAA